GGAGAUUAUGAUAUCAUUGAUGAUAAGUCUCAUUCUAGGCCUACAGAAAAACUUUGUCUUAGACUAAAACAAUUUGAUUUCCCAACAGAGAAUGGUUAUGGUUGGGGUAUCCCCCCAUCUUUUGCUUCUUUAUCUCCUCAUAGCUGGGACUGGCGCUGUCUGUGUUCCUAUGCUGUGUCUGAACUGCAACAGCACAGAAAAAGCUCUCUGUGAUGCUGACUUCUGCUCAAACUAUACAGCACAGUGCAGCAACAAAACUUCCCCCAAAGAGGUCUCUCUAGAAAUUCCAUCAAACUGCAGAAAAGAGUUUCAGGCUUCUGUCAAGAGCAAUGGAACUGAGUUUGACGAGGGCGACACCAUCAAUUUAAGCUGUGACCAUAACCUUCCCGUGCAACUGGUUACAUUUGUGUGGUGGAAAGGUGAGAAUGUACUCGAGGGAAAAAAUAAAAGCGAGCUGGUUUUCGAGCGUGUGUUGGGACAUCACAAAGGCAAGUACUUCUGCUCUGUGGAGAGCGCCUGUGGCUGUUUCAAGUCUUCACCACAUGAUGUCACUGUAAAUAACAACAAUGUGCUGUUGCUGGUGAUUUGUGGUGUUUCUGCUUUGGUCCUGGUCGUGAUUAUGGGUGUGGCUAUGAAGUACAAGAUCAAAAGAGACAACGAGAAACACAAACAGAGGAGGAAGCAGAAGGAAGAGCAGCAGCAGCACAAUAAUCCAAAUCCAAUCACAGGAAGAGUUCCUAAUUAACAACAUCUAUCUAUCUAUCUAUCUAUCUAUCUAUCUAUCUAUCUAUCUAUCUAUCUAUCUAUCUAUCUAUCUAUCUAUCUAUCUAUCUAUGACCUUUGAAAUAAUACACUCUGAUAUUGUUUGCUGUUGUAGUAUUUGAUGUAGAAAUAAAACCAAUUU